AAAGAAAAGAAAAGGAGCGGUUUCUACGUCAAAAGCUAAACUUCUUUUCUUUCUCCGUUGUCGUACAGCUGCUACACUCUCGCUUUUGGAUUGUGCAGAGAAAGGAAGGAAAAAAUGAAAAUAAUAGCUUCUGCUUACUACUGCUGACACUCACUUUCUUCGCUAACUAUUGAAGUACUUGAAUAUAUAAAGAGCUCCGCAGUUUCUGCAUCCUAAUACACGGCAACAAAGAGGAAGUGAAAUUCUCAGGAGUUCGCAGUUGAAGUUCUGAGCUUUUGAACAGUCAUCUGUAUAUAGACGAUGGAUGACUAUCUUGAUCAGUAUUUCUCUUCCUCAUCAUGGUCAGAUGUGAAUGUUAACGAAAGAUCAUCUUGGGUCCAUUGUGAACCUGAUCAGCCAAAUGCACUGCUGCCUAGUUCAAUAGGAGUAUAUCAAGAUGAUAAAACUAGUUCGCCUGUAAGAAUGAUUAGUUCGAACCACACCAUGGGGUGCUUAGCUGCAAAACAUAGUAUUCCUAGUGGAGAGUCAGGUUGUGGUGUUGAACAUGGUUUGCUGUCUGGGGAAGGUGAACCACAAAUAGAUGGUCAGAAUUGCAGUAGUAACUCCACAAAAGAGAUGCUGAAUGGAAGCUUGGCGUUUGCAAAUCUGGAAUUGCAAUUUAAUACAGCUGUUCAGUCCUCUGGCUCACUCAGCCUUGGUUCGCCAAAGGAUCUUUCAGUUGUUGGUGAUAUGACCCCAUCUCUAUCGUUUAAUGAGAGAGGGCAUGUAAUAUGCAAUGAAGGUGAACCUUCUGAGUUUCGUAGAUCACUUACAGGCUUGGAAACUCUUUCUCCAAUUCCAAAAUUAUGGCAUCCACAAGCUUAUGACGGUGUUUCUUCCUUUCCUACUUUGAUGGGACAAACCAGAAUGCAAAGCUCUUGUCUUCAAGGAGAAAAUGGAACUGUAGAUAAUGAUGGCAAUAUUAACAGGUUUGUUGAGAUUGAUAAAAUUCUGCAACCUGAGAACUUAUCCGCAUCAAUUAGCGCAAAGGGAAAACAAGAUAUACAAAAUUCUCUUUACUCUUCUUUUCCUGCCGAGCACCAGAUAACAAAGACUAUGAUUGGCUUGCCAUCUUUGCUGCAGAGUGCAUCACCUACUCCAAACAAUGGUUGCAAUGGAAUUGGAAAGCCUCGGGUAAGAGCACGUCGAGGUCAGGCUACUGAUCCACACAGCAUUGCAGAAAGGCUUCGAAGAGAGAAGAUUGCUGAAAGGAUGAAGAAUCUGCAAGAGCUUGUACCUAAUUCCAAUAAGACCGACAAGGCAUCUAUGCUUGACGAAAUCAUAGACUAUGUCAAAUUUCUUCAACUCCAAGUCAAGGUACUAAGCAUGAGCAGGCUGGGGGCAGCAGGAGCAGUUGUUCCUCUUAUCACUGAUAGUCAAGCUGAGGGAUCUAAUGGUUUAUCACUUUCACCCUUGGCGGGUCAAGGAGUUGAUUUUUCAGCAUCUCCUGAUCAAGUUGUUUUCGAACAAGAAGUAGUGAAGCUCAUGGAAUCCAAUGUGACAAUGGCCAUGCAGUAUCUGCAAAGUAAAGGUCUCUGCCUUAUGCCGGUUGCACUCGCUAACGCCAUAUCCAAUGGAAAGGCGUCGACAUCGUCGUCGUCAUCAUCAGGUCCUGCUUCUGAAGAGAGGAAGAAAUUUGGUUUAGCCAAAGGUCUAGUGAACAAUGAUAUUGUUCACAACACCUGCAGCAGCAAUGGUCUUGCUCAAAACUCCAACUGCAGCAGCAGCAGCAGUAGCAGUAGCAGCAGCAGCAGCAGCUUGCCUGGUGUUGGAAUUCAUUACCUGUCCUCCGAUGGUAGUUUUAUGAUUGGAAAGCUCAGCAGUGGUCUCGUGGCCAAUGGUUGCAAUGGGUCGUUCAAACAAGAAGAAAUGAACACUCUGUGCACUGCCAAAUGACUGAAUCCCAAACCGCAGAAUUGAACACUAAAUGUCAAAUUCUGAUUAACCAAGUAGAUAUAGGACUUAUUUAUGUCAAACUGCUGGAAGGCUUUCUUGGUUUCGUUUUGUGUUCUCUCCA